UCAGCUCUGGCCAUUAUGUCUAGUAUGCAAAUGAUUGUCAAGCAAAGGCCAUGGGAAGCUGGGCAUUGUUAUGUGGGACAUGUGCAAAACUUUUUCUUUUUUAAAUACCAUAAAGAGGGAGAGGUUCAUUCUUUUUAUAUGACUUUGAGAAUGACAGCGAAGGAAGGGCGGACUGACCAUUUGGAAACUCGGGCACUGGUCGAGGGCCCGGGGUCAGUAGGGGGCCCCAUGAGAUGCCCCUGGUACCUUUUUCAUAGGCUUUUUUGAGUUUGGGCAAGGACACAGGGGCCCCAUGAUCCCCUAUUGCCCGGGGCCCCAUGA